AUGACUUUGACAUGUCGUGUGAGGAGAAACAACCCGGUACCUCACACUUUCACCUGGUUUAAGGAUGAGAAAGCCCUCAGCGAGGAGAGGACGGAGCGGUACGUCGUCCAGAGCAUCCAGCCAACCACAGCUCUGAGAGCUCUACAAAUGUUGUUGUUGAAGUGGAAUGGCCCGAGGAGGACAAACAUUUCCAUCAGUGAAGAUGAUGAACGUGUGGGAGUUGGUAAAUCUCUGACAUUUUAUUGUCAGACUGAGGCCAAUCCCUCCCCGCUUGGAUACUCCUGGUACCGAGACAAUGAAAUCAUGGAGAUUGACUCCUCACGGUGGAAGUAUGAGACAACCAGAGAUAACAAACUAACGCUGGUCACAGUAGAGAGAACAGAUGAAGGUUGUUACACGUGCAAAGCAACCAACUUCAUCAAUACAGGGAAGCAAAGCGAGCCAGUGUGCAUAGAAGUGCUCUAUGCUCCCAGCAGUCCAUCGCUAUCCAUGAAGACCGAGGUCAGGGAAGGUCAGCUGGUCUCCAUCAGCUGCAGCGUUGAAAGCUCCCCGCCCUCAAAGCUCACCUUGACACUAACCUCAGAGUCAAAUCCUCCGUCUUCAAAGGUGCUUUUCACUCAUCCUGGUAGUGACCGACGGCCCAACAAUCUCUACCACACGUUUCACGUCACUUCCACCCACGCUGGCUUCUACACCUGCGACGCCACCAACACCGAAGGCUCAAUGACCAGCGAACGGAAGAAGCUGGAGGUGAAAUAUAGUCCCAAAGACGUGAGCGUAAUCGCUCGGCCUUCCCUCGUCGUGGAGGAGAAGGAGCCGUUGACUCUGGAGUGCAGCGCCCGGUCCGACCCACCGGUGACCUCCGUCACCUGGAGGAAGAUGAGCGAUGGCGCGACCGAGAUCCUCGGGAAGAUGCAGACCUUCUCCCUGAAGUCGGUCGGCCCUUCCGACAGCGGACUGUACAGCUGUGAAGCGAGCAACGACGUGGGAACCGGAAACUCACCGCAAACCGAGCUUAGAAUCAAGUAUGCCCCGAAGCUGACAAAGAUCACAGAGACGGAGCAUUGGGGGGCCGACGGCACAAGUUCUGUGACGCUGAGCUGCAGCAGCCACAGCUACCCGCCGAUCACGCAGUACUUGUGGUACAAGGAGAACCACAAGGCAGCGAAUAAAAAGGUGUCCAUCAGCGACCAUCAGAACUACACGGUGUAUUCAGACCAACCGGGAUCCUACUACUGCGUCGCAACGAACGACAUACAUCAGAGAGCGUCCAGCCCCGUCCAUCUGUUUGAGCGAAACGUCUUGAAGACCGUGUUGAUCAUCCUGUUUAUAGUCUUUCUACUCACCAUUUUCUUGAUUGUCGUUGUCUAUAGACAAAAGAGGAAGCGAUCAAGUGAACAAGCAGCUACAAACACUUUCGGUUUUCUGUGGGAACCCAUUCAGCGCUGGUGGAACAGCAGCGAGAGGAAUCGGACGAACUGCCGCGGUGCAGAGGAUGACCUCUGGCCGGACCGUCCAAAGGCCCCACGAUGCAAGUCUCAUCCAGACAGCACACCUGCAGCCAACAUCCACAGCAUUUACUGCACGGUGAACGAGCCCUCGGGACAACACGGUCCUCCUGCACUAAACGGAAUCACAGAGAAAGGUGUGAACACACCGGAGGAUUCCCUCAACUACGCCUCUGUGCACUUUGGAAAAAUAAACCAACGGGCAAAGGCGGGAGAAGAUGUGUAUGCUAAAGUGUCCAAGCAAAAGCCACCUAAAAAGAGCGAGGAAAGGCAGGAGGACUACGAGAACGCCAGCUCCGCCCACCUGGCCAGAGAUCCAGAUCCAUGGAGCUACGACACGGACUCCAGCGAGGAGGAGGUGGAGGUCCACUACUCUCAGGUGACCUUCGCGGCGAAGCCCGGACGAGGGGGAGGCGGCUGGUACUCCAGCAGCUCCGAGGGAGACGAAACGCAGUACUCUGAGGUCAAAGUGUGAGAUGGCUGAGAUGCUGCGGCGGUACUUUCCAGGUGCAGCCAGUUGUUGAAUGAUGGAACGAAACCUGAGCUUAAACCAAACAUGUGGCACCUACAUUAUAAAUGUUUGUAACCAAAUAAAAAUACAUUUUUGUUCAAACUCCUGCUUUGUAAAAGAAGGUGUGGGAAAAUUACAUACUUUUAAAUGUUGAUAUGUUCAUGACAUGUGUGCAUGAUGUCCCAUUUCAUAACAUGCUUUCAAUUCUGCUCUUGUAUAACCGCCAACGUAUCAGAGAAUGUCCUCUUUUUUUAUGAACAAGCUCAGACAUGUCAAUAUAUAUGUAGAGAACAAACAAAAUGAUUGAUAAAAAAAGUCACACACGU